AUGUGGAAAAGAAUUUCCAAAAUUAGCCAAACUUCGUAUUCAUCUUAAUCGAAAAUAUCCAUGCCGUCCUCAAAACCCAAUACCACUACCUGAACCAAUCCUGGAAGCAGAAAACAAUGAGAAACCUGAUGAAAUUUGGUCGGAAUUAGGUGGUAAUUUAUUGGCAGACAAGGCAAAAAGUAAAAAAUUUCGAUCACUACAUCGCGAUCAUGGUAUUGCUAGUAUUUAUGUCAAGCCACCCAAAGGAAAUUUAAUUUUCGAAGAAUGCGAGAUUAAUGAUCCUGAAAGGCCUCAAUCAAUGAGUAAAUGGCAAGCGAUUGUCCCAUCAUUUGAAAACCCGGCAUAUGAAUUUAAUAUUCCCAUAAAAGACGGACAAAAAUAUGCGGAAACUCCAUACAUGCCACAGCUCAUGGCAUCAGCCAAGGAUCAAAUCACAAGAGUUCUCAAGGCAGAACUUCGAAAAAAAGAUCAGAUAAAAUCAGCAAUAGUAGUAUAUUGUAAUUACAUGCGAAAAGAUAAGAAGGAUACAGACAAGUUGCCAAUUACUAAUUAUUUACAAGAAUACCACAGAGGAAGAAUGCGAGUAAUUCUUUCAGAACAGGAUAUAGAUGAACACAUUUCUCUUACAGCAGGAGAAGUGGAUAAAAAAAUUGAGGAAUUUUUAAAAAGUGGAUCAGGUUGGACACUUAUCCGAAUAGAAAUGAUGUUUAUUGAGGCUUAUACAUUACGACGAGCGGAAGGUGGAUCAUAUAGACCGACACCGAAAAACCUCGCAAAUAAAAAAUGUACCGUAAAUCCCGAUAAUUCUAAAACAAAAGAUGAUUUAUGUUUAAAAUAUGCUGUUGGCGCAUAUUUUGCUAAUUAUGAGGGAAUAACAAAAAAUUUACAACGCCUCUCAGUAAUCCAACCAUAUUUAAAUAGAGUUAAUUUGGAUGGAAUUCCAAUGCCAACUCCGAUUUGCAAUCGUACAUUUCAAAAAAUCGAAGCGCAAAAUCCCAAUAUCUCCAUCAAUGUAUGGGAAUGGAAGAACGAGACCGCAACUCCCAAACCGGUAAUUGCAAGUAAAAAUUUCUAUAUUCCAAAUUCCUGUACAAUUGAUGGUUGUAUCCAUUCUAACCCAAAUGAAUGCCACAAAAAAAGACCGCAUGUUAUCCACCUAAUGGCGCUUAGUGAUACAACGAAGACGGAUGGCAAGUACGGGAUAAAAAACCAUUUUCUUUGGAUUAAAAAUCCGGAUGCGCUAGUAUUCAAAGAUAGUAAACACGAGCACAAAAAACAUCUCUGCAAUCGAUGUUUCCAAAGCUGGUCAUCGGAAAAAUCAUUAUCACAACAUCAAAAGUGGUGUUUCGGAUUAGGAGAAGCCCCACAAAAAGUUACGAUGCCAGAAAAGGGUAUAAAUGACAUCGAAAAAUUUAAAAAUUAUGCUAGAAUGAUUUACGCUCCAUGUGUCAUAAUCGCAGAUUUUGAGUCGGAUAAUAAGAAGUGCGAUGAGUCAUACGGAGGAAAUAUGCAUAAGUUUGCGGAACAAAAGGCUAACAGUUUUUGUUACGCUGUCCAUUGGAUAGAUACUGGCGAAACAUGGGGGCCUUUUAUAUAUCGAGGACCGAAUGCUACACAGGAAUUUGUCAAAAGAAUCGACAAUGAAUUGGUCCAAAUUAAUAAUGUAUUAUCCAUCAAGACCGAACGUAUAGUAACCGCUGAAUAUCGAAAAAAAUUCGAUAAUGCAGAUGAAUGUUGGAUCUGCCAUAAAGAAUUAAAUGGUGAUAAAGUCUGGGAUCACUGCCAUAUUACCGGUAAAUUCCGAGGGGCGGCACAUAACGAUUGUAAUUUAAAACUUCAGAUAACGCCAUGGAAAACCCCAAUACCAAUAUUAUUCCAUAAUUUCCGAGGUUACGAUUCUCAUCUAAUCUGCGAAUCAGUAGGACGUUCAGUUAAUGCGAAACAAAUCAAUGUUAUUGCGGAAACGUUUGAGCGGUAUAAAUCAAUGAGAGUAGGUCAAUUGCGAUAUAUCGAUAGCAUGCAGUUUAUGAACACGUCCUUGGCCAAACUCGCUGAAAAUUUAGGAGCAGUAAAAUGUAAGGACUCAAACUGCAAACAUUUUCAUAGAAUAGAUAAUAAUCGAUGUUUUGGUACACUUGAAAAUCAUAGAAUUACAUGUCAAAUUUACAAAAAGUUAUCUCCAGAACAGAUUGCGCUGGUAUGUCGCAAGGGCGUAUAUCCGUAUGAGUAUAUUGAUUCGCAUGAUAGAUUUAGUGAAACCAAACUUCCGCCAUUCCAUGAAUUCCAUGGCAAGCUUAAGGGUAAAAUCAGCCAGGAAGAUUACGAUUAUGCGCAAAAAGUUUGGAACAAAUUCGAGUGCAAAAAUUUAGGUGAGUAUCAUGACUUAUACCUUAAAACUGACGUACUUGUACUUACAGACAUCUGGACUAAAUUCCGGGAGACGUCAAUGAAAUAUUAUAAACUCGAUCCAAGUCAUUAUGUAUCAGCCCCUGCCUUAUCAUGGGACGCAAUGUUAAAAAUGACCGGAGUAGAGAUCGAAUUGUUUACUGAGAUGGCAAUGCAUGAUUUUACUGAAAAAGCCAAACGCGGUGGAAUAGCAAUGGCAUGUCAUCGAUACUUUAAGGCAAACAACCCAAAAAUGGGAAAAGAUUUCGAUCCAACUCAACCUACAACUUGGAUAUCAUACGUCGACGCGAACAAUUUAUAUGGGUGGGCAAUGAGUCAAUUUCUGCCCAUAGGGGAUUAUAAGUGGGUCGUGAGUAAAGAAUAUUUAUCAAAACACCCAGCCAUGCAGAAGAAAUACCUCAACAUGAUUCUCAAAACUAAGGCAGAUUCGCCGCGAGGAUAUUUCUUAAAUAUUAAGGCGCAUUUUCCGAAAAAUACUCACGAUUAUCUCAACGAUUUACCUCCAGCCGUUGACAAUAUUGUGGUAAAGCGUGAUUGGCUCAGUCCAUAUAAUAAGAAGCUCGUACAUGAAUUGGAUGGAGAUCAAUUUUCGGAAACAAAAAAGUUAGUCCCUCAUCUUGGCAAGCGGGAAGAUUACGUAAUUCAUUACCAAGAAUUGCAAUAUUAUGUAAAAUUGGGAAUGGUUGUGGAUGAAGUCACAGAAAUAUUAUCGUUUAAACAAACGAAUUGGUUAGCGCCUUACAUAGAUUUUAACACCAAAUUGCGUCAAAAAUCUGUGAAUGAUUUCGAAAAGGACUUCUUUAAACUCAUGAAUAAUUCGUGUUAUGGUAAGACAAUGGAAAAUGUGCGAAAAUAUCAGGAUGUUAAAAUUAUGUCUUUGAAUGGAGAUGAUGAUGAGAAGAAAUUCCGAAAGAAAAUCCGCAAACCAUCAUUUAAAUAUGCCAGACAGUUUUCGGAUACUCUUAUUGGCGCUCACAUGGGUAAGGCUAGCGUAGUUCUUAAUAAACCAAUUAUUGUCGGUGCGUCUGUUUUAGGUCUCAGUAAACUCCAUAUGUAUAGAUUCUGGUAUGAUUAUGUAAAGGAUAAAUAUGGUAAUAAGGCCAAGCUUGGAUAUAUGGAUACUGAUUCGUUUAUAUUCCAAACAGAAACCGAGGAUAUCUACAAGGAUAUGGCAGAAAGACCUGAUAUCUUCGAUCUUAAUGAUACGAAAACGAUUGGCCUUUUCAAAGACGAGUGUUCAGGUAAAGUAAUUACGGAAUCAUUUAAUAUCCGAGCCAAAACAUAUCACUAUGUUAUAUCAGAUGGCUCCAUCAGAUCGAAGCAUAAGGGUGUUAGCAAAGCCGGGAUGAGAGAAAUGGCUUUAGAUACAUAUAUGCCGGCAUUAGCAAAAUCAUUAUUUGAUAAUCCGAUAGACGAAGCUGAAGUAUUCGAUCCUAUGACUCAAGUAUAUCGUGAUUGCUUAUUUGAUAAUGAAGUAUUCUACGCAAAAAAUAUAGGCUUUCGAACAAAAGAUCAUAUUAUAUCACUCGUAGAAUCGGAGAAGAAAGCCUUAUGUCCUAUCGAUACGAAGAGGUGGAUACUUUCUGACAGAAUUACGUCUCUAGCAUAUGAUCAUUGGAGGAUUGAUACAUAUGAAAGUAUGAUCAAAGCUGGUAUAACUCCAGAGUUGGCUGAAGGAAGAGCUAUGAGAGUAAAGCUUAAACCUGAGAUUGAAUCUUUAAUCGAAGAACAUAUAGCAUAA